AUGGAAAAAUCAUCGUCCAAGGAAUCCAUUGGUAAAAAGCGACAAUCAAAACCAGUAUCGACUGAAUGCAAAAUAUGUAGAGCUCCAGCUAUCGAUGCAUAUUAUGGUGUUAUAUCAUGUCAUUCAUGUAAAAUAUUUUUCAAACGAAAUCUCGUAGAAAGACAGAAAUUACUUCAAUGUCGUUGGAAUGGUAAUUGUGAAAUAAAUAUUAAUACUCGUCAUGUAUGUAGUUCUUGUCGACUUCGUAAAUGUUUCACAAAUGAAAUGCAAAUUGAAAUGAUUCGGGGAUCUUAUUCGCACAGAAAUAAAACAAAGAAAAACACCAAUGAAAUUGAUAUUCCAAUACAAACAACAUCAACAGUUAUAGCUAGAUUAAAUGAACCUGAACAGGUAAGGUUAUUUCUAAUUGUCUUAUUUAAAAAAAAACGAUCACGAUAG